AUUCUUUCGUCAAGUAAUUUUUGAACACCGUAUUUAUUGACCAUGAUAUGAGCCAAUGCACCAAUUUUUGAAAUAACAUUAAAAACCAAGUGAAGGACAAAUAUUUUGCACAGUUCUGCCAUCGCCCCGCCCAGAGUUUCUAAUGGUCCACCCCUAAUAAAGAAGAAAGAUUUUAUCAUAAAACUGUGGGAGGGCAGUAUGAUUUAAAAUGGCGGACGACGCAGCAACUCGGAGACGUGAGGCGAGGAGAAGACGGAUUUUGAUGAAUUCUGAAGGUCGAUUAAAGAAGGUGUUGGACCUCAACAAACUGAAACCAGAUGUUGAACCAGAGGCUAAAGAAGUAAUUGUGGUUGACAAGGAAAGAGAACAAUUUGUUGAUGUAGACAAUAAAAACAAUGCUGUUGUGGACAAUUCUGAUUACGCUGUGUUUAAUAGCACCACCCAACUUGAUUCAAUACUCAGCUGUGUAAGUGAACCCGAGGAGAAAUCCUUAUUCAGCAAUAUCCAAGCAACCAGCGUUGAAACUGAUGAAGAUGAAAAAGGUACUUUGGAAACAACAUUACAGAAGAGGGAAGAGUCUGAUGAGAAAGCAAAAAAAAAUUGUUGUGGUCGGAAGGCAGAAUUAGUUGCAAAUUCGGAAACAAAAGAAAAUUGCGAUGAUGAAAAUGGACAAAGCUUCUGCAAGAUGAGGUCACUUCAGAGAGAAGUGGCAGUAGUGACAUCAUAAACUGUAAUGGUGAUGUCAUCAACGAAUCUCUUCAUACUCAUUUGAGGACAGAACUUGACACUCCCAGUACGCCUCUGAUUACACCUCUACAAAAGACCAAACAAAAACCACAGAAAUCGUAUGUUAGAGAGCUAAUGGCUCUCAUAGUAGGCAUAGUUGUACGGCUCAUCCUAGCAGUCAAUGUCAUCAACAUCAAGUAUGUAUUGAUGCCAUUUUUUACUGUGGAAGCAGCUGCUCUGACUAUUCAUGUCAUGUGCCAGGACAAAUCACUCAUCCCUUCAUCUGGUUUGGUGACUAUGGCUCUGAUGCUUUGUGGAUUUCAGCAGAAAAUAUUAGAGAAGAUUUCCAUAGCAGUUUAUUACAUUUCAAACAUUUCAACAGACUUGGCAGUGUAUUUAUUUUCCUUCAUUAUGGUUCAUUCCAUGCUAGAUAUAUUGAACUAAACUAACAAGAUUAGGGCUUAUACUACAAUUAUACUCAUCAUAGACGACAAUGUAAAGCAGAGCAAUUUUACACAUAUACAAAUCAUAAUUUAAAGCGAGAGGGUUGUCACCUGUGCAUGUGCAGGAAUAGAAUCCCAAGCGAUGUUAACAACACAUGCUAAAAACGCAAAGGCUCAUGAGUAGACGCUUGUUUGUAAACAAUGACCCGCUUUAAAAUGUAUGCAUGUUGAUUUGUGUCAUCAACAUUUUAACAUGUCAUCAACCACUUCUAAGGCACG